CAAUUACAUUUGACGUAGUAGUUCAGGACGGAAAAUCAGUUGUUGUGCCAGAGGAAAGCGGCCGCUCAAACACUCGACUACAUAUACCUCAAACAUCCUGAAGAUGAACCCUUCUCUCUCCAAUUUCAUACUCAAAGCUACCCCUAACUACAUUCUCAACCCAACCCCUGAAAUGAAUACCGCAAUCCCCCUCAACACUGGCGCCACAAUCCCUGCCCUUGGCCUGGGAACGUGGCAGUCUGCGCCUGGUGAGGUCAAGAAGGCCGUCGUCCACGCCAUUGAAUCGGGCUACAGACACAUCGACUGCGCUUUCUGCUACCAAAAUGAGGAUGAGGUCGGCGAGGCGUUACAGGAUGUCAUCUCGCGAGGCAUCGUGAAGCGCGAGGAUCUGUUCAUCACGAGCAAGCUGUGGUGCACAUUCCACACUCGGACAGAAGAGGGUCUGCAGAAGAGCUUGGAUCUGCUGAAGACGCCAUAUGUCGACUUGUACCUUGUGCACUGGCCAGUGCCCAUGAACCCCAAAGGAAACCACCCUCUCUUCCCUAAACUAGAGGAUGGUGUCGCGCGCGACAUUGACCACUCCACCACCCACAUCGAGACAUGGAAGGGAAUGGAGAAGCUCAUCCAAGAGCACCCCGAGAAGGUUAAGGCGAUUGGUGUCGCCAACUACUCUGUCAAGUACAUGGAGAAGCUGCUUGCUCAAGCCACCAUCACCCCCGCCGUCAACCAGAUCGAGAACCACCCGCUGUGCCCACAACAAGAAGUUUACGACUUCUGCAAAGAUAAGGGUAUUCACAUCACUGCAUACAGCCCUCUGGGCAGCACUGGGUCGCCUCUGUUCAAGGAUGAGGAUGUUAUCGAUGUCGCCAAGAAACACAGCGUUGGCCCUGCCACAGUCCUCCUGAGCUACCAUCUCGCCCGUAACGCUUCCGUUCUCGCCAAAUCCGUCACUCCGUCGCGCAUCGAGGAAAACAGCAAGCUCAUCACACUCGACGCCUCGGACAUGAAGAAGCUCGAAGCCGUCCACAAGAACAAGGGCAUCAACCGAUAUGUAUACCCGCCAUUCGGUGUCAACUGCGGAUUCCCGGAUAAAACCGAGGGUAUCGAUUUGAGUGGCUGAAUUACUGGAGCGAUUAAGUUAUGAAGUCUUUGCGCAUGAGCAGGAAUGGGAUACCCCCUAGAUAGACAUAUUUAUGAUUUGGUAUAGAUACACCU